AUCCUCCUGUUCCCACCCCCUCCUGGAGCCUCAAACGGAAGAUCAUUCAUCAAGAAUUUUACCUUGAAGUCCUAAAAGUUUGUUACCCAAGAUGAUGAGUGCUGACAUGGGUGCAGUUGAUGCUGAAAAUCAGGUGGAACUGGAGGAAAAAACACGACUUAUUAAUCAAGUGUUGGAACUCCAACACACACUUGAAGAUCUCUCGGCAAGAGUCGAUGCAGUUAAAGAAGAAAAUCUGAAGCUAAAGUCAGAAAACCAAGUUCUUGGACAAUAUAUAGAAAACCUUAUGUCUGCUUCUAGUGUUUUUCAAACAACUGACACAAAAAGCAAAAGAAAGUAAGGGAUUGGUUCCCUUCUGUUUUAUGGAAUUGCUGCUGACCAUUUUUUCCCCCUCCCUUUAAAAC